GGCUCAGAAUUCGAACGUUAGCUCGCUGAGAGUCUGCUGGUGAUCGGAGAGGAAACGUAUCAUCUGCUGCCAUUUUAAAAUAAAUAGCACAGUUUAUUGUAUUCACACAUCGAUACACACAUGCUGGUAAGUCGCUUUCAUAUAGAACGUCCUGCUGCAGCUGCCGGAGAUAGACGGUCCGUGCGGUUUACGUCCACGAGCGUGCUAGCUUAGCUAACAGGUUAGCCGAGUCGUUUGUUUUGCUUAGGCUUCUGAUCACAAUGCUGCGCUGCUGAUUAGCCGGACGACUCUCAAACACUUGAAACCCGAGCGGAGGCCGUGAGCCAUGGUGAAGGAGCGGGCCCAGAAGAAGUCCUUCCAGCAGAGUCUGGAGGACAUCAAGGACAAGAUGAAGGAGAAGAGGAACAAACGGCUGGCCAGUGCCUCGGCUCCCAGCAGAGGAAGACCCCGGAUCAUUCACAAAAGCAGCGGGGCUAUGUCCGCAAACACCAUCCUGAUCGGUGUCCAGGAGAACAACAAGACGCUGGCCGUAGCCCUGCAGUCUGAAAAGGAAAAAGUGAGACAAGGCAACGCAGUGAUCCUGCAGCUGAAACGAGAGCAGCAGGCUCUGUUCCUUCACCUGCUGCUGCUCAAGAGGAAGCUCAAGGAGCGGGAAGCCCUGACGGCGAGCGCUUCAGAGACAAAAGCUACAAACAUCUCAGUUGAACCUCAGCACCACAGGAAUUCAGCAAGGAGAAAGCGGACCAGCGAGAACCUCGAUGAGCCCGUUGUGUGCAAAGCUUCACCAAUUAGUGCAGAGCCUCAGACCUCUGGACAACGUGGAUGUGACAAGCAGCUUACUUUGCCAGCCUCAGUGGUUGUACGGCGUGGGCACACAGACAGAAGAAACAAAAGGAGGUCUGAGUGUGUGCAGGAACAGAGGUUGUUGAGUGGGGGCGACGCCACAGCAGGGUUAGAGACUUUAAUAGCAAGUCCUAUUCAGGCUGAGGAUAAAAAUCCAAAUCAGCCGCAGCCAGCACCGGAAUCAGAACUCGCAGAUCUCAUUGACACUGAAGAGUUUCAGCACUCUACCCCUGAACAAGUCCCGCCUAAAAAAAGCAACCAAAAGCAGUCCAACAGGAAACAAGCCCAGCAGCAGCCCCGCACCAAACAGGAGGCGCCUGCACGGAAAGCUGAGAGAGGCCGCAGACCAGAGCGCGCCCAGUUAAAGAAGCCAUGGGACAAACCCAGAGCCCGCUCCAAGAGUCGGGACCGUUCGGCCACACGUUCCAAAGCAGCACCUCCAUCCCAGGGCAAUAAGCUCAACACGUCACUGGGAUUUAAUGACACGUUUGACUUUGACUGUGAAGAGACGGUACACGUGGCGCCGUUCAGGGCGAAGGCCGAGGGCAGUCAGCCGGCCACACCAAUCAGCGAAGAGGCUCCGCAGAGAGAACAGGCCCAAACUGGUGCAUCACCGGUCGCCUCCAGACUGGAUGAGUCAAGCUCGUCAUCUGAAUCAUCUGAAUCAGAGGACAGCCUUUAUGUUCCUCAAAAAAGCAGGAGGAGACAGACUUCACUAGGAAAGACCAAAGCGAUCACCACUCGUAGAGGCCGGCCCAGACAAAAAGAAAACAUCCCUCCAAACAAGGAGAUCUCUGUCUUUAGAGAUGAGGAGUCAAGUCCCAAGACUGCAGAGCCUGAAGAGGAAGAAGCUCAUCUCCCUCACUGCCCUGAUUCCAGCUUCUCUAACAGCCCGAACCCUGAGGGGAUGGAACAGGAAACUCACCAAGAGCCUCACAGGGAGAUUGUGGAGGAGGAUUGUUUGCUGGCUGUCAGCCCUCUGGUUGAAGCUGAGAUGAUGAGAAUAGACAACGUCCUGCACAACUUCAGAGAUCCCACCAGCGACACUGCUCCUCUCUUACCUCAUGUAACACCUCAGCGGAUCAAGACGUGCAAGAGACGUGGGCUUGGUGUAAGGACAGCAGGGCGGGGCUUGAGUCUGUGUGAUGUGACCAAUAUGUCCCCUGCAGCCUACCGCAAGUACCCGUCUGAUGGCAGAUGCUCCACUCCUGUCCCCGCUCGCAAGCGGCGCUGCACCAUGGUGGUGGACUACAAGGAGCCCUCGCUGAACGGGAAACUUCGGCGGGGAGACAAGUUCACAGACUUGCAGUUCCUCCGUUCUCCUAUAUUCAAGGGGAAGACUGACAGCAGGAAACCGAGGAACUCUGUGAGCAGCAAGCAGCCAUUUGAGAAAUACAAUGAGUCGUUUGUUGGCUGCCGCUGAAAGCAGCGACCUCGUUUCCAAGUGUUCGCUGUCAGUUUUUAAGUGCUGUCAUAGAGUUUGGUUUUCAUUUGCAAGGUCCUUUUUGUUUUUGUGAUUUGUGUGAUAUAUAUAUAUAUAUAUAU